AUGGGUAAAAUGUUAAAAAUUCUUCGAGCACAGGAUUCGUUUGAUGGCACCGACUUGGAGAAAAUGGCAACAAAAAUUAUUCAAAGUCAACAUUUUUGGUGCACCGAAACGGAACUGCCAGCGUUUUUGAUUGCAAGCAUCCAUCUGUUUAAAACACACACAGAUAUACUGAAAAAUCUGGAGAAGGCGUUCGCCUGGCUAAACGAAUGCCCGGAAUGUCUGAUCGCGUAUUACAAACUGAGAGAAAAUCUCAGCAACAAGAACAACGAAGACAUUCUGCAGGACUUGGAUGAUAAGAGGCUAUUCAGGAUGAUGAACAGCUGUACACAUAUUAGCACCACGACACUUACAGAAAUACUUACGUACAACUGGAAGUGUAUGAGGAUCUGUGAGCUAAAGUACAAAUUUGUUCAGCAGCUCAAAGAGUUCUACAGAAAAGAAAACCUCGUGUUCUCCAAAAUGUCAUUUUCGCUGAUCCUCCUCACACAGUGUGCUGAGCCGGACCUGCUCGGAUACGUUUAUAAAAUUUUUAGGUAUCUCAACAGACAGAAAUUGCUGUAUCUGCACUCAGGACCCGGAGAAUGGAACUACUUGCUGGAAUACACAAAAACAGAUGAGCGGUUUGUCCCUUCACACUCGCUGAUCGUUAAGUAUGGUUGGCUUAUGUCAAUACUUAUUUAUAUUGGGCUGGAAUCAACGUAUUGCACCGAUGAAAUUGUGCCCAUCAUUGACAGCAUUUAUCGCCAAACUAACGAUGUAAAUCUGCGAACUAUGUGCUUUAGGGUGGCAUCUGCGUAUCUACUGAGGAAUGGUUCUGAAAUAAAGGGCCUUGACGUGAUUUACCAGAGCAUAUUUGAUACAAUCAAUGCUGGAAAUGAUAGGCUGUGCACAAAUAACGUUUUUCUUAAAGACAUCAAUUAUGUGUUGAUUUCACAGUUUAGGGUGUUCUGCAAGCUGCGCUACGACAAACAGUUCUACGAGUAUUACAGUCAAAAGCCGGAAUACACCGAAGCGUUCACCAGACAAAUCAUCCUAAACUAUGAUUUAAUAGGUGAUUUUGUUCUUUUUAUUGAUCAAUACGAUUUCUUUGUCGAUAUAUUUUCGAAAAUAGUGGACAAAGAACAAGCGGAUGAAGAGGAAAAGAAGUUUGUUGAGGCGUGUAUCGAUAGGUUUAUAGGCAGCAUCUACAAAUCUCUCCGAAACAACAAUUUUGAUGCCGUUCUAUACCACAGCUUAUUCACAAAGUGGCACAGGAUAUGCAUUACUACAACCAGAAACAACCACCUGUUCAAUCCCUUCAUUUAUCUCUUCAUUUUUGAUGUAGAAAAGGCUUUCAGUGCAUACCAGGGAUCAGAAAAGCUGCUGGACAUUUACAAGCUUUUCAAAAAGAGCGCUCUUGAAAUCUUGGGCGAGAAUAAGGAACCGCUUUCGGAUGAGAUACAUUUUUACUCACUUUUGGUCAAGUCAGACUUUUCUACGUACAAUGUUCAGUCGCUCAUGUUUUCAAAGAAUGAUCAGCAUGUGCUCACGCGCGUAUUGAAGAAAAUGAAUGUCUACUUUGACCGCUUUAGAAAUUACCCAAAAUGCUUUACCAAAAUGUUGAAGAUCAUGGGAAAACUGCAAUUUGUUGAUUACGAAACGUACACUGAGCUAUUUAACCUUUUAUGGCACAGAAAAAAUACCAAAAAUAUUCUUAAGCCGCUGAUAGUGUUACUCCCUAGGGUUAAAGUAAGAGGAAACGUCAAGGAAACGUUUCUUUACGACUUGGAUUGGAUUAUAGUGUUGGAAAAACUUGAUAUUAAACUGGGAGGAGAUAUCGAAGAGUUUAUUGUUGCGUUUUAUUCAUGGCUCAGGAUCAACAGUAUUGGCACUUUUCCAUCCUACAAAAGGACAAGGAUUAGAAACUUGGCGGGUCAUUUCGGAAUUUUUUUAGUGGACGAAAGCAGGAAGGCGAAGAACACCGUGUUGCCGAGGGUUAAGCAUGUAAAAAACGUGCCGAACAAAUUUUUAGAAGAAGCAAAUUGCCGAUUGGAAAAGAAAGCAGCCGUAGUUGAACUAGACAAGGUGAGAGCAGCAAAGAAGAGACAUCCUAGUAAAAUGAUAGAGCCUAAAGCCGUAUAUUGUGAUGAAGGAGCUCAUCAGCCAAAUGCUACUGCGAAAACAGAAGUUGAACAGACCGAAGAGCAAGAUUUUCGUGAAAAUUUUUUUUUAGCAAGUGAUAAAACGGACGAAUUAGAGUUUUAUGAUGUAUUGUUAAAUGUAAGCGAGCAAACAGCAGAAAUACCGAGAAUUGCAAGCACACAAAUCGCUGCUGGUCGGGAAACAGGGGUAUUGGCAGAAGUAUUAGCCAAGGAAGAUGAAAGUAAUACGAAUGACGAAGAACUGGAAAGUUCAUUUCUGGUGAGCACCGUACCAAGUAACAUGGAAGAAAGCGAGUCAUUCUCAGAGAUUACAACACCCGAAAGAGAAAAUGCCGAACAGAAUGGAAACCUAGAAUCGUUGAGAAAAGUAGAUGAAAACAACGUAAAAUUGAUCGGCAUGGAUUCAAAAAUUGACCAAGUCCAACCAUUAUCACCGGAUUAUCAGCUAGCAAGCAGCCAUGAUUCAGAUAUAGUUCUGCUGACAAAUGCGGAACAAUGUACCCGACAGUGGGUGGAUCCAAAGAAGGCGGCGUUGUCAUACCUCGGAGAUGAAAGCAUAUACGGUCGUCUUAAUUCACAAGGCAUAAGGAGGAAUGUUGCGAGACAGGUGGCCACUGAGAUAAAAUGUGUUAACGAUUUUUACAAGAAUGUUUUAGGCUUUAAUCUAACAGACAAGAAACAAAUCACCUGUUCCAAGAACAUUCCUUCCAAAUUUGAAACGUAUGACGAAUAUUUCCGUGUAUUUGAGCCUCUACUGCUUAAUGAGUGCCGGGAUAACCUGUUAAAAGGUAUAGCGGAGGCAGUUGUUGGUUCCAAGAAGUAUGCCACACUCGUUAAGCAGACAUUCCAAAUAGAAUACACAGAGUUAACCUUUGUCAUUGAAAGAACACUUCCUGAUUUUGAGGUCUUACUUUUCGCUUACUCAGAUGACAACAAAAGACCCAAGAAAAUUUUGGAGAUGGGCGAUGACAAUUACUUCAUAGGACUUAUAAUCGAUUGCCAACAGGGCAAAAAACCGAGCGUUACCGUUAGAACAAGGAGCACCUUCAAAAGGCCCAGACAGCAUACCGAGUUUGUGUACUACGAUGUCUGUUGUUUCUCUAGUUUUUUCAGAGAAUACGUAGCGUUGUACAAACUGCAACACCUCCCUAUCCUUCCCUCCGUUCUAGCGUCAAAAAACGCGGAAACUGCACCUCUUGUAGAUGAUGUGGGCUUGGUAGAGCAGGUGGUGCAAAAAAUGUACGGGUUGAAUAAAUCGCAACAGAACGCCAUUAAGCAUGUCUACAUGAGCCCUUCCUUCUUCUCACUGAUACACGGGCCACCGGGCACAGGUAAAACCAAAAUGAUCGUCUCUCUCAUCGAGUCUCUGUUCAAUGCUCAAAUUGUCAGCGUCUUGAAGUCCAAGAUGUUUAUUACAAACAGGGAACCACGUGUUUUGAUCUGUGCACCGAGCAAUGCGGCUGUGGACGAACUUGCCAGGCGAAUCAACGACCUUCAUCUGAAGGACCGAGAUGUAAAAAGGCUGCAAGUACUGCGGAUAGGCGUGCAGAAUAACAUAGAUGACAAUCUGAAAAUGCUUACGCUGGACUGCAUCAUUAAAAGGGAGCUGGAAGAGAAGAGGAACGGAAUGAAUCUAAUGAACCUCGAAGUGACCAACAGCGAAAGAGCCAAGAGAAAAUGUGAACUAUUGAAAAGAUCUAACGUUGUGUGUGCAACGCUCAGCAGCUCUGCCAAGGAACUAAUCAAGGUAGCCAACAUUGAUUUUGAUAUUUUGAUCAUUGAUGAGGCGUGUCAGUCCGUUGAGACGAGCACGCUUAUACCCUUGAAGUUUAACCCGAUCAAGGUGGUUCUUGUUGGCGAUCCCAAACAGCUUCCACCAACGCUUAUUUCCAAACACAAGCCCUAUGAGCAGAGCUUGUUUGCCAGGCUGCAAAAAACGUAUCCCUCGGUGCUCUUAAACGUUCAGUACCGUAUGCAUCCCCUGAUAGUAGAAUUCCCCAACCAAUACUUUUACAGAGCUCGGCUUCUGACCCACAAAUCGAUCCAAAAGAGGCAAAAUCCGUACGAAAAUGUUAUACCGCCAAUUUCUUUUAUUCAGAUAAAUGGCGAAGAGAAGACCGAUAACUGCUUCAGUUUCUACAAUAUCGAGGAAGCACAGUAUAUAGGCAGCAUCAUAAGCGAACUAAUGGAACAGGUAAAAAAUUACGAUUUUUUCAAUAAAAUUGGUAUAAUUACACCAUAUAAAGCGCAAAUGAAGAAGAUCAAAGAAGUGCUGCUCAGCAUCCGCCAGGACAUAUUCGAUUUUGUUUGUGUCAACACCGUGGAUGGGUUCCAAGGACAGGAGAAAGACGUUAUCCUGAUAUCAACGGUCAAGUCAAAGAAUAUGGGGUUUUUGAGCGAUGUAAGACGAAUAAAUGUCUCAAUAACGCGUGCAAAGCACUCUCUGAUAAUAAUUGGCAACUCAAAGGUUCUCUCAAGCUCUGGUGCAUGGAAAUCGAUGUUGAACCAUUAUGGAAAGAAGAAUUUCGUCUUCAACCACUAUAAAUCAAUUUUUAUCAAAAAAUGAACACGAACUUUAAGAGUUCAUAUUGCACAGAUACGUUUCUUUCGAUAGAUUGCGGUUACAAGGCACGACAGACAUCCCUGUAUUCCCAUGGAUUGAUGCAUUUUCAACCGGUAGUUUAAUUCGUUGGAAUAUUUUCGUCCACUUAGCUAUGAAUGGCCCGCUAUGCAAAUAUGAAUACAUUAUAAAUAAGCUGUUCUUUGACCUAGCAUUGUAUCAAUGCUGUACUAUGAGUGCUAAUAUUAUUAAAGUUGUG